AAAAAAAAUCGAGUAAUGUGACCACCUUAUAUAUUUACUAGACCCCUAGUCUUCAUUACUCCAGUCUGCAGUAAAGGGCUGUACUCCAUCUGAAGGGACAAUGAUGUGGCUGCUGUUAUCUUUGGCGCUGCUCACACCUGGCCUGGCCCAUGGCUGGCUGUUCUGGAGGAGAAGGGUGGACCCUGAAAUUCAUAUGAAUAUUAGUGAGAUCAUCAGGUACUGGGGUUAUCCUGCAGAAGAGUAUGAGGUGGUGACUGAGGACGGCUACAUCCUGAGCAUUAACAGAAUCCCACACGGCAUCAAGAACCAGGACUCCCGAGCAGAUCCCAAGCCGGUGGUGUUCCUCCAGCAUGGUCUUCUAGCUGCUGCAAGUAACUGGGUGACCAACCUCCCCAACACCAGCCUCGGCUAUCUCCUGGCUGAUGCCGGUUUUGACGUGUGGCUGGGAAACAGUCGAGGAAACACCUGGUCAAGAAAACAUGUCAGUCUCUCCCGUGACCAAAACGAGUACUGGAGGUUUAGUCGAGAUGAAUUGGCCAAGAAGGACCUCCCUGCAGUGAUAAACUUUAUCACCAGAACCACAGGACAGGAAAAGAUCUUCUAUGUUGGUCACUCUCAGGGAACCACUAUUGCCUUCAUGGCUUUCUCCACCAUGCCAGAGCUGGCCAGCAAAAUCAAGAUGUUUUUUGGUUUGGCCCCUGUAGCCACAAUAGCCUUCACAACCAGUCCCAUAACCAAACUGAGGAUCCUCCCAGAAAAGUUGAUUUGGGGUCUCUUUGGGAAAAAAUACUUUUUCCCACAAAGCAGUCUCAUCAAAUUCUUUGCUACGAAAUUUUGCAGCAAGAACCCGUUCAACGCGUUAUGUCGAAACAUCUUCUUCCGUAUCCACGGCUUCGAAAGAAAGAACCUAAACAUGACGAGAGUACCUGUGUAUAUCUCCCACACUCCUGCUGGAACAUCUGUGCGGAACAUGGUGCACUGGUCUCAGGCUUUGAAAAGUGGGAAACUCAUGGCAUAUGACUUUGGAAAAGCUGGAAAUUUGGUGCAUUAUAAGAAGCUGACCCCUCAUCAGUACAACGUGAAGGACAUGACUGUGCCCACAGCUCUGUGGUCAGGUGGGCGUGACAUACUGGCAGACCCCCUAGAUGUUGCGAUGCUCCUCCCACAGAUUUCUAACCUGGUGCAACAUCGACGCAUCGAGCACUGGGGGCACAUGGACUUCAUCUGGGGUCUGGAUGCCCCACAGACUCUGUACAACGAAAUUAUCAAAAUGAUGAAAGAGCGAGUGUGAUCAUUUCUGUGUUAAUAUUUAGGAUUUCAUUAUUAACAGUGAAAUGACCACCAGUAGAAGGAUUUACAGUUCCAGGAUAAGAGGGAAAAGAGAUCAGCUAGCUAGAUAGCUAAAAGGCAUGUGGCAGUUUUACAGAAUCAGGCUGUUUUAACCUUUAACAUCUAACAUAUUGUCUUUGAUAAGUCAUCAGUCAAAAAAAUGGACAUCUAUACUACUUCUUACACUGCCUAACUGAAUGUAGGCAUACAUUCAUUCACAUGAAGUGAACUUAGCACACAUUAAAAAGGAUUAUAUUAAUUGCUCAUAGAUUGUUAAAAUAACUUAUUAAAGAUAACUUUUAACUUUUAUAACUAUAUAAUGCAUAACUUAUUGCUUCAUAAUGUGAAUCUAGUCUUUAUAACCAGUGUAAACAAUACCUGUAAAUAUCUGUUGACAAAAUAAGCAUCUAUUUUUUAUUUUCAAAAAGAUUUUAACAAAUGAAUGAAUGUAACUACGGCCCUUAUUUUCCAACAUCCUCUCAACUAUUUUUUUUUUCAAUUUGAUGUUUUUCAAUUAAAGAAACAGUGACUUCACUGGUUGGAAAAUACCGUUUAAAGUUCAGAAUAAAUUAGACUUCAGUAUCUUGAGAACCUGUCUGGAUUCUCUCUGUGCCACCAAGAGA